CCUGAGCUACUUACUGGCUGAGCCACUGGCGGAACACAGACAUUUCCUUUGAACGUAUUAACACAUAUUCUGUGUAUUUAUCUAUUAUCUCGUGUUUUAAGUACAGCAGCUGGUUCACAUUCACGAACCUCAAAGAUGAUACCGAAGCUGAACAGGAAUGCGAUAUUAGUGGGGAAAGUCCACUCCUGCUGUCUUGUCUGUGGCAAUUACUUCCCCACUGAGAAGGAUGCUAACAGACAUAUUUCGAAAAAAGGCCACAAGAAGAAUUUGGAAGCUAACGGCUUCGUGGAAGAAUUUAUAAAUGACCACAUUAGGGAGGUCAAAAACGGAUUCUUCUGUGAAUACUGUAACAAGUACAUAUCGGGGCCCACCAAAAUAAGGCUCCAUAUUUUGGAAAACACGCAUAUCAAUAAUAAGGGCAUCCGAAACCUGGAAAGAGUGGGAAAUAAUAUAGUUGCUUUCAAAAAUGUGACUAUCGCCAAAGCAGCUUGGCAUGGAAUCGUUGGACAUACCUGCUUGAUCUGCAAUAUUAAAUUUGGAGAUAUGGAGAUUCACAUUUCUACUAAGGAGCAUCUCUUUAAAUUAGUGCAAACUGAAGUGAAGUUUGCAACUCAUAAAGGACUCUACAGGACGAUGAAGGAAAACUCUGUUCAUUGCUUGACGUGCAAUGAAGUUAUUAAAACCGCUACUCAAAUAUUUGUGUCACUCCACUUUUCCCAUCCUAAGCACAAACAAAAGUAUCAGCAAUUAGAACGUAGAGAUGCUGAACCUAACGUGCGAGUUGAAUCACCAGUUUUACAGCUGGAUAAAACUGGUGACGAAGAUACAUCAGAUGAUGGCAACCAGGAAGGUGAAGGACAAUAUCUGGAUGUGGCCCAGGGCUAUUCCUACGAGGAGCCAUUGCUUGUUUGCGAUUCGAAAGAUUCACAGGAGCAUGUAGUAAAAAGGGAGCCUCUGCAUCAAUUCGUCAAUACCAUUUUCGUGAUUGAACAUUAUUCGGCAGCUAACAAAGACGUCGUCAUUAACAGGAGAAUUGUUGUGAACGUAUUCAGCUUUUAUUUGGUAACGAACACGGACACUUUGAAAUGUCAAGCUUGCGAGUUCGAAUUAACGUUUGAUCAAAUUGACGCCCACAAGGCUACUGUGAGACACGAAGCUGCGAUGAAGGAAAUCCCAGUUAUUGUGAUAGACUCUGUUGAAAACGAAUUCAUCAGAGAGGUACGUCCAGAGGAGUACCACUGCGGCUUCUGCAAUAUUAUUAUACCGGGCUUGGACGCGAUCGUUGAGCACUUGAAGACACUCGUCCACAAGAAAGCCAAGAACAGUGCUUCGUGGCGUCUACAAAGACAUCUUCUGAGGAAGAGGCUUUCUGAGUUCAGCCUAAAUGACUAAAUCAUGGAGAUUACCAGAUUUCUCUUAAAGUUUUACCAUUAACAGUCCUAUUUUGAAUAAUAAUCAACUAAAGUAGACUAAAAGCAACAGCUGAUAAUUUAAGUUCUCCAUCUCCAUCUGGAGAUGUUAUCAAGUGGAACGAAACCGCAUAGUUCUGCGACAACCAAAGGAAUAGUUUGCUGACCCAAAAUAUAUGAGUCCACAGAGCAAACCAUAAACAGCGAGCAGUGACUACUUAAUGCAAUAAGCAUUUAAUAAUGUAAAGUCGCGGUCUCGAGAACGAAUACCAGUUCAUUCAUUGUCUUUUAAAAGUUUGCCUCUAACGAGAAUGACUUUAAUCGAGAUAGCUUAAACCAAACAGCAGCUUGGAAUGAUUUUAUUAAAUCGACGAAUCAGCAUUUAUUAACAGUUCUCCAAUCGUAUACUCCUGUUCUCCUGUAUUUUAUCUUAGAUUAUCAACUGUAGCAGACUUUUUUCAUUAACUAUGGUGUAGUAGUAUAUAGUGUAGUAGUAUUUGCAUUUAGUGCGGACAUUUUAAUAACUUUUAAACGCACGAUUGUAGCUUAUUCUUCAAGUCAUAAUGUUUAGAUAUAUAUCAGCUGUAGCAAGUUUAAUGUUUGAUAAUCAUUUGGGCGACCUUUCGAAAUUCUAGAAAUUGUAAUGAUAUUCUUUUGUAGUGCCAAAUUUCAGCAUAGAUGAUGAAAUGGGUAUUUAUGUUUAGAUGGCCUAAACUCCUAAACCAUACGUAGCUGUUGUCGUUAGUAAUAAUAAAUAUAAUCACUUGAGGUUAAAUAUAGCGGGUGGCACCCUAGGCGUCUAGUUGUUACAUAAACGCUAGAACGAUUUGAGCCAGAGAACAAACACACGUGAAGCCGUGUUGUGAAGGACCGCAUACCAUCUUGUAGUCAGGAUUUACUUGAAGACAAAUUAUCUUAACGCUAUUUGCGUUUGAGAAGUCUUGUGGAACUGUUUUAAUAAAGACCAUGAAGAGUCAGCUGUCGUAUCAGUAUACAGCAAGUUAUAUUCGUGCCACCCGUUUUCAUGUCAUAGUUUUAGGGGUAAUUAAAGUGUCUACAGGAGGUAGAAUUUAACAUCAAAUAGAUGGGUUCCCUACUUAUUGGGAUUUCGAUUGUCUAUGAGAAGACGAAGAAGAAACGGUCUUAUCGUUCGACGGCCAUAUCCGUGGCUUGGAGACACUUUUAGUAGAUCAAGUAAUUCUAGAUAUUUUAUCUCUUCGUAUAUCUCAUAUUACCUAAUAUACUCAGUAGGAAUUAAUAUCAUAACUGAUAUUUUUAAAUAUCUUUUUAGAUUUACCGUAGAAAAUCAAUGUCAUAUGAUACUAUGUAAUGGAAUUAUUGUAUGUGAAAAAUAAAUGAUAA